AUGACAGACGCAUACAACUCCUAUGAAGUGCACUCAAACUUCAUCAAUGUUGGUGCCGGCGAUGGCGCCAUACAUUUGCUGGUGAAAAAUAAGACAAUAAUUGAAAGGGCAGUACUCAUCGAUGGUGGCGAUAAGACUGCGUACGAGGAGUUGAAAAGCGCCAUCUUUGCUCUAAAGAAAUCUUAUGGGCCGUUGAAUACCAACAACAUACUGUUCAAAUUCACUGCCAUCGUUAUCACGCACUGGGACGGGGACCAUUAUCGGGCGCUUACCAGGGUGCUACAUGAUGAUUUCAAGCUACAGGGAAAGUCGACAUUGAUUGAUAAAAAUUGCACAUUCUACUGUCCGGCUACGGCCAUGAAUAAGAUAAACAACACGAAAUGGCGGGUUGAAGAUGGUCAAUUGUACUUUCUGGACGACCACCGUAAAAGGAUCCCAAUUUGCAAAGCCGUCAUCAGCACAGAUUGCAUUGGGUACGACCUAUUCACGAAUGAGCCCAUUUUUACAUCUCCAGCGAUAAAAUGGACCCGGAUGCUGUCUCUCGCUAGCGUAUACCAAUGCGCCAAACUCAGGAACAAAUUGUCGCCCAUAUUCCUCAUCGUCGGGCUGGACUUCUGCUUCGUCGACGACACCACUCGGACCAUACUCGCAGAUGAGCGUAAGAAGGUCACAAAAGCUCGCGAAAUUAACGGAGCUUCACUCAUGGCCACGAUCAUUUGGCCGAGAGAUGACUCAAACCUCCGUGUGUCUCUCUACACAGGCGGCGACGCAGAAGAAGAACGCGAACGGCAUCUGCUAAAAUGGAUGGGGAACACUAAGAAGGACGUGUUUCUCGAUGUGGUCAAAACGGGCCAUCAUGGCUCGCAUUUUGCCCUUCCGGAAAACAUUGUCAACUUUAAGAGCCAGGCAUUUGUGAUAUCAGCUGGCCAGAAACAUGGCCACCCCAGCUUUUCUGUGAUAUUCUACCUUCUACAGGUCGCUAGCAUAUUUGCAAAGAACGAAGUCGAGCCCAAUCUUAAAAUUCUUGGUACAAGGAAGCCAUAUUGGCUAGACAAGCCUGUGGAAGAGUUGACCACCAACCAUUUAAAUCUUAACACGGUCAUGGGUUACAACGAUGGUACAGCCGUCAUAUUUGAUGCUCUGCUAGAAGUCAUGCGCUUUACAAAAGACCAGGAAAUUACCAAGGACUUGAUAAAUGAGUUCAACACCAAUAUGAACGAAACGUCCGGCGAAGUCAUAAAGCGCAUGAAAAACUUUUUCCACCUUCAAGGCUACAAACUCAAUGAGCUGGCAAGCAUUGGAGAAGGCAAAACAUUUUUGAAUCAGGACAAAACAUGGAAGCCGCCAACUAGUAAAAAUCUCAAUGCCGAUGAUGAGUAUUUCGAGGCAUUAAAAGCAGCGCGAUCAACAAUCAGCAUCGGGUGGACCGAACACCUGUGCAAGCCACGAAAUAAUGACGAUGACGUUCAAUUUGUGUCCGUCAAGGCCAAUAGCGAUGGAAUCGAGUCCCAACUGGUUAAAAUCGGCGAGAACAAGACCUGGAAUACAGGGGUGAAAACCGCGGCUCGGUGGAGUAAAAUAGAUGAAACUGAGUGCCCAGUCGCUAGAGUAUUUGAUGAUAAGACAGGCAAGUACAAAAUCAUACGACGAGUCCGCAAUUUGCUUGAUACAGUUGUUGCCAGUGCAGAUCUGGAUCAGCCGCUGGGGGAGUGGACCAACGAGCUUUUCAUACGCGAUGUCAAGAAGGCGCAAAGUCAGGCCGGUGCCGGUUUUCCAAGAAUAGGCCGCUUUGAACGUCUUGAACUCUCUGACGAUGCCUCACACAUUGCUUUCUGGUUGAACCAGUGUUUCCUCGACGCAGCUACGCUUAGAGUCAGUGGAAUAACUAACGAAACGGAAAACGUUGUUCUCAACACAAUUGACAUUCAGAUACGUCCUAAACUCGGUACUGAGACGGCAGCUAAUGAGCCAACAUGCCUCGUCUUCACGACUGAUCAGGUUGUGCGAAAUGCCCAGUUUGGAGAAAUUGGAGCUGGUCUACCGCAGACGUCACUUGGCUAUGACAAACGUCUUCCGGGUUUUGUUUUCGCGCUGGAUACUUCCCAGACAAAUGGCGCCAUGUCUCUUCCGCAGUUUGUCGAACUCAUUGGCUUUCCCAUCUCUCCUGUCAUAAAGGAAGCUUUAUCUCCGGUGAAGCUUCGUUUAGCUCCAUCCCGCUCGAGUUUUGAUGCGAAUGCAUACAAAGGGCCAGACUAUUGUUCGGGUCUGUGGUUCAUUCCAUUCCAUGAUAUGCGCGUCAUCUUCCGGAUGGCCAUGGAGCUGGACCAUGUCGAUAGCCCUGACAAGAGUAUUUCUAUCAGCUCUUCUGCUAUUGAGAAAUUCUUGAAAGAGAGCGGUUUGGCCUGCAAUGUCUCUGAUAUCCUCGUCACUGGCACGCGUGUAUUCGAGUCUAUGCUGGACACGCAUAUGCAAACAGCAUCUCUCUUUGGCAUCCAAGCAAAGUUGAGCAUAAGGACGAGUGAGCAAGAUCUAGGAGAACAAGGUAGUUCGGUAUUUUCGUCUCUCUUCGACGGCUUGACGUUCACUGGGGGUAUUAAUUUUGUUCGUGAUUAUGGCUUCGAGCUUACGCUCCAGCUGCAUGAUGACACGUCCAAAGUAUUGACUCAGCUGCUUCAAUGGUGCCAGACACUGAUGGCCAGAAGCUCUGACAAUCAGAGUGUUCCUUCAAUAUCUGAAAUAUCGAUCCAAGAUGCUGUCACCGAGAUUGAGGAUGCCUUUGGCACCAUUUUGAGCGGGCUCAACGUUCAUAGCCUUAUAAUUGGCUUUGAGAGCAAACUCACCGGUGGGAAACCGCUAGAGAAAAUGCCGAAACCCACAUAUUUUACUGUCAAAAUCGAAGCCAAGCUAAAAAAUGACAAAGUGCCAUUUUCAGCUACGUUACAGUGGCGGCAUGGUGUAUAUUCUCUAUCGUGCGAGCUCCAGCACCCCUCUUACCCUACUAUAUCCAGUAUCCCGCAAUUACCACAACGUUACAGCAACCUCAGAUUUAUACCAACCACAGACGUUCCUAACAAGCUCUCGAUUAAAGAUCUCGUCAAUCAGAAAGACUUGGUUUUCCCCCAUGGCAUUCCUGACAUGAUUAGCGAUGCACGCUUCCAAAUAAGCACCCUUGGCAAACGAAAAACUGUUUCCCUUGAAGGGAGGCUUGAGUGUUCUCCUCUUACAGAAGGCCAACCAGGAUUUGACACGGGUAGUUCUCCUCCAGUAUUUCGCUUCAAUGAGCUCCAUAUUGAUCUCACUGUGAUAUUUGACAAUCAACCAAUGACCGACUUUAUCCUUGAAUUUGACGCCGUAACGGAGCUUAGGCUGCCUUCAAGCUAUAAGCCGGAUCAUUCUUGGGGGAUUAUUGAAGACGUCACCUCCAUCACCACCAAGGUUGAGCAUGUCGGUGAGAAGAAAGAUUCAUCAUGGAAAAUUUCCGGAAAGGUCGGAAACCUGCAAAUUGCGCAUCUAUACGAUUUAUUUGCCAAAGAUGGGUCAAAUGAUGCCAUCAUGGAGCUCAUGGCGGGCGUUCAUAUUGACUACAUAUUCAUAGAGUAUGAGUAUAACAAAAAUCUUCCAGGAAAGCUAGAGAUAGAUGGGUUCUUAACUCUAGGCACUCCUCGAGAUGGUCUUGAGCUAGAGCUACAGUAUACACACAUGGGUAAGUCCAAGAAGGGCGAGGAGAAGGAAGAUAGUGGGUGGUUUUUCAACGCCAGGGCAGCCGCAGCCACUGGCAAAGAGCCUGGGGGCAAAGAAAAGACAUAUAAGAUCGCCACGCUCCUCAAGGAUUUGGUCGAUGAUGUCAAUGAUCUUCCAGAAAUCGUUCGAAACGUGGAAAUACCGCGAUCUUGCUUAGAGGCCAACCUAGCAUGCAGGCGCGUUACCUCAAAAAAUGGCGAGAAACACGCUGUAUUCGCACUUACCAUCACCAUCGCAACCAAGAUUGGCAAAUUUGAUGUUACUCUGGCCCAAAUUUGCUCAUAUACGGCAAAUAAAGACAAACAGAAUCCAGAAUCCAGGCCAGGACGAAUUCUGCGCAUCUCACUAUCCGGUAUAGGUAAAGUAGACAUUCCUGUCGUUGGCGAGGCUGCACCGCCAUUUGAUCAGGUUGGAAUUGUGUGGACAAACCGUGACAUUACUCCAACGGAGCUUGAUGAGCUAAACAACCAUGUGUUUAUGCAUCAGUCUCUGUUGGUGAAAUCACGUUCUGGUGAUGCCGUUGGUGACCAAGAGCCAGAUUCCAGUAGCGAAGUUCGUUUCCUGAAAGGAUUCCAUUUUCAAGUUGCUCUGCUGGAAGGUUCCCGUCCACGAUUGAUCUUAGAUCAUAUAGUGGGUGGUAAAGAAAAGGAUCCAAAACAAAAAGAAAAGGGUCUUACAGCUGGUGGCCCAACAGACACUUCUCCAGAUGGAGGGAAAUCCGUUGCGCCGAUGUCCAAAACUUUUGGGCCUCUUUCCAUCCGCAACAUUGGACUCUCUGUUUCUGGUCCGAAUUACAGCACUAUUAACCUAUCCUUGGAUGCGAUUGUCAAAAUGGGGCCCCUCACAUUCGCCCUAUUGGGCUUCACCAUCACCCUCGAUCUAACAGUGCUCUGUCAUCCAGAAAAUCUAAAGUCACUCAUGUCCAAUGCCAGGAUCAACGGCAUGUCUGUAGCAUUUGAUAAGCCACCCACGCGAAUUGCGGGCAUGAUAAAUCCGUUCGACGACAAGUUCACCUCCAAGGGCUUUGAAGGCGCCAUGGCUGUUAGCCUCUCCGAGUGGUCAGCAAUGGCAGGCGGGAGGUACGAGGAACUAUAUCCAGACCUGAAGAUCAAAUCCUUUUCUCUUUUCGGUAUGGUUCAAGGUCCUAUUGCUGAGUUUGGCUGUGCCGAACUCAACGGAUUGACUGGUGGUUUUGGCUACAACUCGAGGCUCGAGCUGCCCGCAGAUGCAUCUGGGGUGGUAAAUUUCCCGUUCAUUGCUCUUAAUAGAAGCACUUCUCAGGGCGGCUCAGUGAUGGAUCAGAUGAAUCUCAUCUUGACUAGAGGAGUCAAAGACGUUAUUUCAACAGCAAAGGAAGAGAUGUGGCUCGUAGCGGGUGUCGGCAUCAAGGCAUUCCAGACAUUUAACGGACAUGCCAUCUUCGCACUGACGCUCAACGAUCAGCCCAAGUUUGCGGUUCUUGCUACAGCAACAGCGAUGUUUCCAAAACCUCCUCAAGGCAACGCUCGACCCGAUGCCCCGCCCAAAGACACAUUUAUCGUGGUUGAUAUCGCUAUGUCGUGUGUUAUCGAUCCAUUUCACGGCACCGUCAUCGCGACCGGUGAACUGACACCUCUGUCUUUCAUACUCAACAAAGAAUGCAAGCUCACCGGCUCAUUUGCGAUGGCCUACUUUCUCCCCAACUCCCCUCACGAUGGUGAUUUCGUCUUCUCAGUAGGCGGCUACCACCCAAACUUCCAACGGCCAUCACACUAUCCAAUUGUCCGGAAUCAGGUCGGAAUCGAUUGGCAAUACGAUAAAAGCUUGCGCAUCUCCGGAGAGGCAUAUUUUGCCAUCACUCCUCAAGCUGUUAUGGGUGGCGGCCGCCUCGACAUGGUCUUUUACACGAGUGCGCUGAAAGAUCAUCUCUCCAUCACCGUCGUUUUCAGCGCGUACGCCAAUUUCCUCAUGCAUUUCCACCCAUUCUCGUUUGAAAUCAAUAUUGGAGUUUCCAUCUAUGCAUCGGCAAAAAUGGAUCUUCUCCUAUGUACCAAGACCUACAGUCCCCUGGCACUCUCUGCCAGCCUGUCGCUAUGGGGACCGCCGAUAGCUGGCCUCGUAACGCUGAAGCUGUGGGAGUUUGAGAUCAAAGUCGCGUUUGGUCCAUCGCGUUUCAAGCCGAAAUCAUUGAGUCUGAAUCAGUUUGUGCGUGUUGUGAAAAAUCUUCCAGCAGAGGAGCCGAGAGAUGGAGGCAAAGAGAAAGAAAUCCCGAACCACAUAGUAAGCGUCAUUGCCGGGAAAGUGGCAACAGGAGAAAACAAAACCACGAAUUCCGUUGAAAUCUCUGCAGCAGGGCUUCUCAUUCAAGUACAAGCUAGAGUACCUGUUUUGAGUGCUCUUAUUAGCGGAAAUACUGAAACCAAGAAGAGCAUCGUCCAAACCGGUAACGGGGAAACCAUUACACCGCAGAUAUUUGCAAGGCCGAUGCUAUUAAAGAAUCCAUUCCAGAAAUCGGAGCUGGUAGUCACUUUGCUCCAGAAAAAUGGCGAGGAGAUCAAACUGAAUGCAAAUCCCCUCAUCCAGAGUUUGCCUCCAGCUUUAUGGGGAGACUAUGUCGAAAAACCAGAUCUGGCUUCUCUCAAAGCUUCUACGAUUCCACAUGUGAUUGGAUAUAACCUUUCUUUGCAUCCAAAGCUCCCCAGUGCGGACAAUCUCCCGGCCAUUUUAGUGGAAGAAUUCAACCCGAUCGAUGUGAGUGAGCGUAUCAAGCCCAUAGAGAAGCUCAACGAUGAUGGCUGCUUCCGGCUGGCUUCCAAUAUAGCUGUAGAGGUAAGCAAUAGCCAGGAAGAGAAGGAAAAGCAGAAAAAGAAGAAGAAGGAUGUGUUCGCAGCAUGGGAUCAAUUCAAGAAUGUGUGCUCGGGUGGUGGCCUAGGGCGGGAUGCGCAACUGGUUAAGAUAUUUACAGAAACGAAGAGAAUUGCGACUUAG